CUGCUUUUGAUUGCUGCUUCUUCGACUGAUGUGAAUGCUAAGGCUAAGUGCUCUUUGAAGAAAAAAGAGAUUACAAACAUUGUACUUUCCUGGGAACCAAGACAAAGCAACACAAUGUCAUAUGGAUCCAUUGAUGGUGGCUCAUUUGGCAGCAGGAAUCCAUUUGGUGGUCCCACAAGGCAGGGCUACCAGCCAGUAGCUACACAGGUUAGCUCUUCAGAAUUACAAGAUGUGUUCCAAGAAACAUCCUCCAACAUCUUCCAAAUUAAUGCUAAUGUGGUCACAUUAGAAAAGAGCCUUCAGUCAUUGGGGACAUCAAGAGACACAGCAGAGCUACGCCAGAGCCUACACUCCAUACAGCAACAAACCAAUAAAGUCAUUACAACCACAAGCCAACUUAUCAAACAGCUCUCUGACAUCAUCAGCGGCUCCUCUCGGCAAGACCGGCUGCGUCUGACGAGGCUGAAGACGGAGCUGUCGGAGUCAGUGCAGCGUUAUGGUGACCUGCAGAAGAAAAUUGCAGACCGUUCAAGGGCCUUGCUUCCUCCAGCACAAAAAGGCAGAAAACAGAGUCAACAGACUCCAGUCUCUGAGCUGUGUACGGAUCCACUGGUCAGGCCUGAAGAGACCAUAGAAGGAGAUGAGCAGCAGGCAUUUCUGUCUGAGAUCAGUGAGGAGGAUGUAGAGGUCCUGCGCCAAAGAGAAGAAGCUCUGCUCCAGAUAGAGAGAGAUAUGCUUGAUGUGAACCAGAUCAUGAAGGACUUGGCCAGCAUGGUGCAUGAACAAGGGGACACGAUAGACAGCAUUGAGGAAUACAUUCAGACUACUUCCUCACAUGUAGAAUCUGCUAACCAGGAGCUUGCAAAGGCCAGUCAUCACCAGAAGCAGCUGAGAAAAAGAAAAUGCUACUUACUAAUAGGUGGAGUUUUCAUUCUAAUUGUACUGAUCUUCAUCAUUGCUAUGUCAACCAGAAACUAAAAACAAACCCACAGAUUCCAGUUGCUGCGCUGCUGUGACCUUUCCUCAGCCUUCAACAGGCCAUCCUGUUUUCCUCUCGCCUUUUCUGUUUGUGUGCUUGCUCUUUUAUUUGUGUUGUGUAAAUAGGAUGGAAGAUUUUACUGUAUGUCAUGAGUGUCAAGGGUUUGUAAUUCCAACAAAGCAGAAACAACACUUAAUUACACUUGCUUAACCAGGUCAUCUUGGUCGUCAAACAACUACAGUAAUUAGAUUUGAAUCCUGUUUGUGUCAAAUUUUUAUUUUAGAACAUAUUCUAUGUUAAUCAGGUCAUUGAAAUAAACAGGAUUUUGAAAGAUUUUGAUUAAAACAAGUAAUUGUGUAAAAUGUUUUAUACAAACCCUUGAAAUCACCUAUACAAUCAAGGAUGCCGAUAAGGGACUCUAAGUGGAAAGACAGUAUCGGUGCGUUUUUACAGUACAAUUGGUCUUGUGUCUAAAACUGCCAAAGGCAACCAUAUCAAUCAUAUCAAAGUUUAUCAAUUCUAUAGUUGAUACAAAAAAUACAAAAUAAAUCUUUUACACAGUCUGAGACCAACAGAAACACAUUAUGAGUAUAGUAGGUACAGAGUAGAUAAUUUCAUUAUUCUGUCUUCUUUUUACUGUACAUUCUCUUCCUACUGUACUGUUCUUUUUAAAUGAUGCCUGACAAUUACUAUGUGCUUAGUAUAAUUAUGCAGCAUCAUGGAAAUCUGAACUAUUUUCAACCCCCACUAAUCUGUUCCCUCUACCAGAGGCUUUCUGUCACACAAAAUAUACACAGAGCUAACAAAUUCAGCACUGCCAGUUGAGAAAGUCUAAUAGUAGGAAAGAAGUUGGACUGAGAAGUUAAAGGUUUGUGUUUGCCUCAACUAUUUAGCCUAUAGCUAAUCAAGAUAAGACAAGCAUCUCACUUUUCUCUCUUAUUUUUUUUUUCUAUUCUGUUUCUAUUAGAUUCACCCCAAAGUUAUCAUUCUUAGAUAGAAACAGACAUUACUUGAUCUCUGUACAGAUUAUGAUUAUGCUUCUUCUGGUAAAUGGAAACUGGAGUUAAA